AUGGCGUUGCACUGGAGCGGCGGCCUCGCGGUCGCCGUCGUGGCGGCGCUGGCCGUGUCCGCGCUCUUCCCGGCGGGCGCUGCGGGUCACCCGCCGCUCCCAGGCCCGUUGGUCCCGCAGUUCUACGAGCACACGUGCCCGCAGAUGCAGGCGUUGGUGGGCGCCAUCGUGGCCAAGGAGCACGCCAAGGACCCCCGCAUGGCGGCGUCCCUGCUCCGUCUGCACUUCCACGACUGCUUCGUGCAGGGCUGCGACGCGUCGGUGCUGCUCGACGCCGACGGCAGCGGCAGGUUCACCACCGAGAAGCGGUCCAACACGAACCGCGACUCGCUGAGGGGCUACGAGGUCAUCGACGAGAUCAAGGCCGCCCUCGAGCACGCCUGCCCACACACCGUCUCCUGCGCCGACAUCGCCGCCGUCGCCGCCAGGGACUCCACCGUGCUGACGGGCGGGCCGGGCUGGGAGGUGCCACUGGGGAGGAGGGACUCGCUGACCGCCAGCUUGAGCGGCUCCAACAACCUCAUCCCUGCUCCCAACGACACCCUCCCCACCAUCACCGCCAAGUUCCGCAACCAGGGUCUCGACGUCGUCGACCUCGUCGCGCUCUCAGGAGCACACACCAUUGGCGACAACCAAUACUACAAGAACAUCCUCGCCAUGAACGGCCUGCUCAGCUCCGACGAGGUCCUGCUCACGCAGAGCCACGAGACCAUGGAGCUCGUCAAGAGCUACGCCGCCAGCAACGAGCUCUUCUUCGACCACUUCGCCAAGUCCAUGGUCAAGAUGGGCAACAUCUCGCCGCUCACCGGGCACAACGGCGAGAUCAGGAAGAACUGCAGGAGGGUCAACCACUUCUAA